AUGUCGACCCGCUCACACCAAGGCUGUUGGACAUGUAAAAGACGACGACGUCGCUGCGACAAUGCACGGCCUUCCUGCCAAAAUUGUUCCGAGCGUGGGGCUGCAUGUGAGGGCUAUGAAGUUCGACUCAGAUGGGGUACGGGGAUUGCGUCGCGCGGUCACUUUACCGGUGCUGAUAAACCGGUUAAGAAUACUAUGCCGCCGAGGCAGAGGGGGAGACAAAGGGAUCUUAGUAGGGAGAGGAGAAGGCGGGUGGAACUGGAGAGGGACUCUGCUUUGGAUGGGAGUCGGGAGUUGGAACUGGCGGUUUCGCAGAGGGUUGAGGACGAGGUUCUUUUCAAUGAAUCAAGAGAUAGCAUGCUUCAUCCGCGUCUCCCGCAGCUUUGUCAAGAGUCCAGCGCCUUGUAUUCUAUCUGCAUUGCAUUUCAACUCGCGCUAUCGAGCACAGUCUCCUCUCAGUUCUGCGAGUACUUUGACACCGCAUUAAGAACGUUUCGAUCAGAACUAGCGUGCAGCACAACCCUAUCCGAUGGGACGUUGACUUCGGGGCUGCUGCUGUGUAGCAUUGGCUUGAUGCACGGCCUACCCUGGACUAUCCAUUUGGAAGGUAUGCACAACAUCCUGCAGAGCCACGGUCUUGAUGAUUUGCACCGCCAAUCUACACAAAAUCACUUUCGUAUCCACCUCCUCGAGGUGAUGGGGGUGAUGGACCUGACCUGCCUUUCUGUCGGUCGUCAGGCUCCGGAAAUUGGUAUCUGGCGCCGGUAUUGCCAGCCCGUGAUACCCAGGUAUGGUAUUGAGCCUGUCAGUGGUCUUCCUCGUACACUACUUGAUAUCUUUGCUGGGAUCGGCGCAGAGACUACAGAGCAGACUUUGUGGGACUGGCCUGGCGAGCCAGGGAGCUUUUUACAGUGUUAUCUGUGGGAGGCGCAUCGGCUGGCUGGUAUCCUGACUGUCAGAAAACAAGCUAACCCUUCUACUCCUAUUCCCGAUAACAAUAUCUCGGCAUGGCGACAGUCAGCCAAGUGUCCGGCAGAUACAUAUGUUCUUGUUGCGCGGAUCCUGGCUAGCCUUAAUGCUCUCCGACUUGCGACAGCUGAAUGCCCAGCGGAAGAUGUCUUCAUCAAUAACGCAACCCUGUUUCCGAUGUUUGUCGCCGGAUUGGAAGUCGGUGUCCUAUGUCACAAGCCGGAAUGGAAGCAAACCAUUAGGAAGGGUUUGCUAGACUCGCAUCAGUGUGGAAUUCUUUUUAGUCUGCUGGAAGAGUUAUGGCAGAAGGAAGAUCCAAAUCUGAAUGUGCAUGAGUUGGCUCGACGAAGAGGUCUAGAGAUGGGGUUGUUGUGA